CCCCCCCUCCCCAACCCAACUUGGUUGCCCACGCAAAGUUCUUCAACGUCCGGCUCGCCAUAGCUAUACCGGACAGGGCUUACAGACCACACAACCCCACCUCCGCAUACCCCUGGGGCUCAUAGUCUCGGCGAAAAGCCACAACUCACGAGCAUUCUGGUACCCCCAAGUUCCCUGUCUGGGCUACAACUUGGAAAUGAUGACAACCGACUCGCCAACCCAACCAAAGGCAGAGGAAGCUGUCGAGGAAUCCGCCGUCGCCGCAGAGUCUGUGCCGGCCGGGACUGAGGAGGUUGAAGUGCCCAUAGAAGACCAAACCUUCUCCCUGACCGUCCGCUUACCGGAGUCCACUACGCAACCCAUCAAGUUGUAUGUUUCCUCGCAGACCGCCAUCCAGGACAUUCGCCAGGCCAUCUUUGACGUUCCCGACGCGUCGGGAUACACUUGUUUCUACCUGACUUUCAACGGACAAAAGUUGAGCGAUUUCACAGAGCUCGGCGAGAUUGAGGAUUUCACGCCUGAUUCAGAGCUGGAGCUGCAUGAGGAUGCAUACAAUGACAGAGAGUUGAGAGUCCACCUCACACGGUUUCGCGAGACCAUGACCCUGUUCAACAGCCAUCAGCUGAAUCGGGGCGUGGACUAUGCAAGUUCGUAUUUGGGACACGUCGACCGUUGGGAUGACUCAGAAAACCUGAAUGUUAACGGGAAAGGCAAAAAGAAGGCCAGAACCGAGAAGAACACAAAACCUGGAACUCGCGCAACAGAUGACUUGCACGCCUUCGACGACUACGAUUUCGAAUGUACAGGCCACAAUUUGCUCUCGGACUUUGUUGUGGAAUACACCGACGAAGCUGAGAGACUGAAGCCAGUGAAGAGCUUCUCUAUGUCGGCCUGGAAUCCUGUGCCCCAUUCGCAGCGUUCUGCAGGGGAUCUGCUUUACUUGCGAGUGCAAACCUUGGAAAGCGAAGUUCUUCACAUCACUUGCAGUACGUUUGGCUUCUUCAUCAACGGGUCGACCGACACACACUUCGACCCCGCACCGAGGGAGGUCAAAUCCUACCAUGAGCACAACCUCGCCGUGACAUUAUCCAAAGCCAGCCCCCAGUUUGCAAAAACGUUCGCGAAGCUGCAAAACAAAGUCGCCCAGAGGAACCCUCUGGAAUAUCUCCACACAGUUGAGGCAGUGUACCCCUGGGCAGUUCGUAGCCGGAAAGUUGCGGCCGAUGAAGGCCGCACGUUGGACAUGCACCUGCAUGCGACGGAUCAAGCGGAUGGCUUUGGAAGCCACGACUGGAACGAAGAGCUCCAGUCCAUCCGCGAGCUCCCGCACGGCACACCGCAUGAGAAGGUUCACCGGGACCAAGCGCUCUACCGCAUCCACAGCGAGUUCAUUGAGGCAGCGUCCCGCGGUGCUGUCGCGGUCCUCACUGGAAACGCCAUCCCCCUCAACCCGCAGGAGCCUACAGCUACUCAGAUGUUCCUCCACAACAACAUUUUCUACUCUGUCGGCUACGACAACCGUGAAGUGUUUGACCGGAUAGGCGGUGAAGCCGCCGCCCACGUCGCUGUCUCCAAAGACGUCGACGGUGUUCGUCUGCUCAACAACCUCGAGAUUCCCGACCUCUUCACUGUCGGCACAGCUGUCAUCGACUACCAAGGCCACCGUGUCGUCGCACAGAGUGUCAUCCCAGGCAUCCUCCGCCGCGCACCCGACGCCGACCCGCUCGUCAAGUACGGCAGCGUCGACAUGGGCAAUGAAAUUGCAGCUGACCCGGAGUUCCAUGUGAUGUCCGAAAAGAUCGCCAAAGCCCUCCACCUGGGUGAACAUACCGUUGUCGACGGUGCUGGCAAGGAGUGGAAGCUCCACACGAGCCUUGAGACUAAGGGAAUUGUGGGACAGGAUGACCGCAAGUACUUUUUGGAUCUAUUCAGGGUCACGCCGGUGGAUGUGGAGUUUUUGGAGGAAAUUGAUGGAAAGAAGGAUACUGAUGGUGAGAAGGAGGUGCCGGAGAAGAGCGAGGAUGGAGAAGAGAAGAAUGACAAGGCGGACAAGUCUGGGUUACCGGAGUAUCCUCACCGAUUGGUUCUUAUGAGACCGGAGUUGUUGGACCACUUUUACGAGCAUAAGCUUCGGGCUGCUAUGGCUGAGGCCAAGACGAAGGAAGGCAAGGGCGAAGAGAAGAAGAAUGAAGAAGAGGAGGCCUCCAAGGAAAGUGCCGGUGAACUGACAAAAAAGGCAACAAAGGAGAAUGCCACGGAGACUACGGAAACUUCUGAUGAAGCGAAGGAGAAGCCCGCUGUCGAGAACGGAGAUCGAAAGCAGGCCGAGCCCGCUGACGAUGUCGACUCUGCCAUCUCGCAAACCAUCUCGCAAUUCAAGCUGAGCCUCAACCCCGAUGUGUUCACGCCUAUCCAGCAGGGAGACGCACCUGAGGUCAAAGCUGCGCACGAAAAUGCUGUUCGCGACGUCGCGCUCUUUCUGCGUAAAACGAUGCUGCAACGCCUAGUCAUCGAGUGCGUUUACCACGCCCAGCUCACCGACAGUGAAGCACUGACGAAGCGAUUCCACUCCCGCGGUAUCAACAUGCGGUACUUAGGCAAAGCUGUGGAGGUGGCUCAGGAGGUGGGCAGUGUUACAAAGGCGGCAACCAACGCUGACGGUGCGGUUUCGCCCCUCAAGCACAAUGCGUACUUCAUCCGUGUGUGCAAGCAGGAGAUGGUCGGUCGAGCUGCCAAGCAUAUUCUGAGGAACAUGUUGAAGGAGUCACCCGGACACGCCAUGAGGGAGUGCGUGGCGAAAUUCCUGAGCUGUUUGUUCGCCGAUGAAGAUGUGGAGAUCAACUUUGAAUACAAGGCCUCCCAGGGCCGGAAGAUUGGACUUAAAGCCAAGUCUCAGCCGGAGUUGCCGUUCGCGUCCUUGACUCCUGCGUCCGUUCACGCUGACAUUAGGCACGAGGUGGCCAAGAGGUACAGAUUCACGGAUCUCUCUGCGACGUUCUGGCGCGAGAGGCCUUUGGCCCUUCUCCGCUCCAUCUGCAUCAAAGUGGGUUUGCAGAUCGAGGCCUUGGACUACUUCGCCGGGUCUCCAUCCUCCACCACCCCCUUGUUCAACCCGAGCAACAUCAUUACACAUCUCCCGGUCAUCAAACACCACCCACCGCGCGCGACCUUCGCCGAAGAGACGCUCGAGUCCGCCAACUACACCCUCAACACCCACCCUGCCCUCGCCAUCGAGCUCUACACCGAAGCCGCUACAGUCUACGAACAGAUCUACGGGCCCGUACACGCCGACACCGCGCGCGCAUACACAGCCCUCGCCCUCGCAUACCACCAAACCGGCGACAUCGACAAGGCCGUCGGGUGGGCGCGCAAAGCCGUCGUCGUCGGCGAACGAUGCCUGGGUGUCGAUUGCGAGGAAGUUGUAGGAUGGUAUGCCAACCUGGCUUACUUUGAGUAUGUGCGCGCCAACAGCGAGUUGGUGGAUGUGGCUGAUGAGGAAGGGGCUCCCAAGCUUCCCCCGAAGAGUGAUGGGGAGCUUGCGAGGGAGAAGAGGGUGCGGGAUGAACGUAUUGCGAGGGCGUUGAGGUUGAUGAGGCAUGCGCUGAGGAUGUGGGAGAAGAUUGCGGCUGGGGAGAGGAACUUGGAGGGUGCGAGCACAGAUUCCAAUUUGUCAACGAUCCUCUCAGACAUCAACCCGUCAGUUUCGCUCCAAUUCCUCCUCCGCGCACUCGACACGCACACAACCCUCCUUGGCAAAUCGCACGCACUCACUCUCAAAUCCCAAGAGUCGCUCGUGAAACACUACAUCCAGAUCGGGGAUUUCCACCAAGCCGUCACUGCACAGCGCAUCGUCUGCGAGAUCCUCAGAGCGCGCCAUGUGCCUGCGGCUACCAAAGGGGACAGCGAAGAGGUGAAGGAUGGUAACGACGCGGCUGCCGCUGCCGUCGCUGCUGAGAUGGACAGGGAGGAGGAGAAGUUGAGGACUGCUGAGGCUAUCUUGGCUGGGUUGACUGCGAGGGCUGUGAGCGAGGCAAGGAAAGCAGCGCUCCUCAAGUCCUCCGCGAAAUCAAGUCGCGUCGGCAAUGGCGUAACAUUAGAGCCCUCGUUUUCCAACGGACAAGGUACCAAUGGAACGGCGGAAAAGAAGAAGAAGAAAAAGGACAAGGAGCCUUCCAUCGACCAAUUGCUCGAGUUCAUUGGCGAGAAGAAGCAGGCACCUGCGGCUCAGCCGGGGAAGAAGGCCGGCGGCAAGAAGCCCGUUGCUGCCAACGGUGCGACUGCGGCGGCCAAGAAGUGAGGUGACCAGCAGCAGCUCGCCUCCUUUGCAUCCGGUGUGAGAUGGCCAGGCUCUGCGCUUCUAUCAGGUGGUUCCCAGACGGCGGGGCGCAUUGCCCUACCUGAGUUGAUAUCGUUAAUCCCGCACGAAGGAGUUUGAUGGAUCACAUUAUCGCGCACAGGCGCACACGCACGAUCCAUACGCCCGCCAUUGGCUCACCACUUUCAUCACACGCACAUCCGCACUUCAUCAUAGACACAAAAAGAACAUGCACAUCCCUCAUCACACCAUCCCCCCCACACAUAUCUAGAGUUAUGCUGUUCCCAUCA